AUGCAACAAGAGCUACAACAGGCUCCUUCUUCAUCCUUAGACGACACAUGGACCAUUUCCGAUUUAUCCUCUCAUCAAGGAGUAGGAUCACUUAGAAAUUCCUUGUCGGAAUCGAUAACCAAAAAGAAGGUUCGUGAAAGACCAACAUUUUCUCCGAUAUCUUCGUUGGACUCUGAAUCGGACAAAGAUGAAGAUUUCAAAAGCAAACCUGUCAAGCCUUUUCUCAAAAGAACGUCAGGUGGUUACAAGGAGGUCACUGUGGUGGAACCACAACAGUCUGUCAAAGUAAAGAACAACCCUCAAAUCAUGUCACCUCCAGUAUCAACAACACCUGUAAUUGCAAAAAAGAAUUUGAAAUUACUUCCCGAGUCAAGUAAGAAAAAAAAGGAAGACGAAGAACAAAAAAAAGAAAUGAAAAUACCAGAAGCUCUAUAUACAUACCUUGCUCCUAAUCCUCCUCCUAAGAAAGAUACUCCCUUGAAAAAGGAAAAAGAUGAAGGACCGCAUUAUCUGGAAAAAAUUCCAUCCAAGCCUGCAAAGGCGCAACUUGAAACAACACCAGACGUCAAUGAAAGAUCAAAGAAAAUUCGAGGAAGGAGGAUGGAUGAUAAAGAAACAUCCUCAACACCACAAGUUAUUGAAAAACCUUCUUCAAAUAGCAGAAGCAUAGAACAAACAGAAAAACAAGUGGAGCAACCUUCAUCUGGAAAGAAUAAUUUGCAAAAAUCUAUUGAAAAGGUAACAAAUUUAGCCAACAAUACUGCAACAUCGAAUUUGGGAACUCUCAAAUAUAUGGAAAAUGCAAUUAAAGACAGCGAACAAAAACUCACUACAUUCCAAAAGAUGUUGGACAAAUUACUCGAACAAAAGGAGAAAGAAUACGAAAAUAUUUUAUCCAAGACAACAAAUCAAGUGUCUUCUACCAUUUCUAAUUCAAUGUCAAAAAUGGGAAUUGACAUUCGAACAUUUUACAAGCAGUUUGAAAAACUCCAGAGAGUGACUUCAGAAAUUACAGCAAAGUUUGGAAAGCAAUUAUCAGAGGAUCAAAGAAAAUCGCAAACUCUUCUAAAUAAGCAAAUGAGGCAAAUUGAGGAUAUAGGACGAAAAAUUGAACAGUUAGAAAAGAAAGCUAAUCAAAUCAAGGAUCAGAAGCCCGUUAAAUCAGACAAAAAGACAUCGAUUGGUAGCAGGACGAACAAAUCAAUCUUUGAUGUCACUCCUACAAAGGAGCUCAGUAUGGAGGAUAUUCACACCGAUAUGUUGAAAAAGCAUCCUUCAUUAUUUAAGUCACCAAACUGGAGUGAAAUUUCACAAUUAUCAACGUUAGAGAUUUAUCAAGCAGAGCAAAAAUAUCUUAUUGAUGAGCUUGUAGGAUCAUUUGACUAUUCAGCGAUCAAACAAGUAUCAGACUUAACCAAUAAGGAUACUUCAUUACUGAACAAGAGUAUUUCAAUCGAUGUUAAUUUUGACGAAAAGAACAUUUCGAAAAUCAAAAUUGACAGCCCCUCGCCGAAACCAAUGUCAAUAUUGUUAAAUCAAGAGAUUUCCCCAGAUGACAUUCAACGGCUUUAUCCUGAUUUCGCUAAAAAUUUACUGAAAUUUUCAAUUCUUGCGAAUGAGGAUCAUAAGAUUGCAGCGUGCAUCAAGAACAACACAGCAGCCAAUGUUCAAUCUCAACCAUGUGAAGACCCAGCAUUGGAUUUAAAACAAGAAACUUCAUCAAGCAAACAAGACACAGACACACCAACAGUUUUGAAGUUUGAGGUGGAAAUUCAAACGGAAUCAACAGAAGAAAUGCAAACACCACAAAGCGAGGAAAUUCAGGAGAAAUUGAGCCCUUCAAAAAACAAUACUACCUCCAAUAUAUUGGAGCCUCCUAUUGAAACAUGUGAUGUUGGUUGGAAUAAGAAGGAUAAUUCAGGAAAAUUAUUUCAGGAUCAAAUUGAUCACAUGGUGUCCAAAGAAAUCAACAUCUACGAAAAAGAGCAAAUCAUUAAGCAACUUUUACCAAAGGAAACUAAAAUUGCAGUGCCUCCUAUUUGUGGAGUCAAUGAAGAUGAUUAUGAUGGAAUUUCGUUUACCUCGCAUUAUCCACAACGGAUGAAAAAACCUGAAGAGGAUCAUUUCAAGACACCAAAUGAAUAUCAUCAGGAAAACAGACCACUUGAUGUGUUGUUUGAAGAGUAUGCCAACACACUUGUGGAAAGAACGAUCAAACAUAUUGCACAUGGAGUAUUAAGUGAUUUUCUUCAACAAACUUCAAGAAUGCAUAAUGACAAUGAUCAAGAGGACAUGCACAUAUUUGACGAUCAACAACUUUCGUCCAUCAAGGGAGGCGCUCUUUGUGCAGAAUUAUUCACGUACUGCUUAGAGCAUGGCAUACCGUUCGAUGAUGCAUUAGUAUACAAAGCCACAGAGGAAGUCAUUUGGGAAUUUAUCAAAAACAAGUUUCCAAUAUUCACACGGCAUGAAGGUGAAAAAGAAGAGGAAGAGAGCAAUGACAAAAGUGAAGCAACGAACGGCUUGGAACGUGAAGCUUUAUGUGAAUUGGUUUUAAGGUUAUUAACGUCUCACACAACCUCAAAAGAAACUCAUGUGGAAAGAGAGCAUGCUUCUCACAAUGAUGAUGAAACAUACAAGGAAAUUUCAACAGAGAAAGCACCCGUUGUACCGAAAGUGGUUUCCAGUGAUUCCGUACCUUUGGAACCUGUUAAAAAAGUCAUUCUCUAUGAAAUUGAGACUCAAACUGAUACACCCGAACCACAAAGCAUCGUUCCUCGAUCAAUUCAAACCGAUCUGUUUGAAACACAAACCAUCGAAACACAAACAUUCUUUGACCCAAAGAAAGAAGAAUCAAGUUGUCAAACGAGCGAACUUAAAAGAAGCAUCUCAGAGGCACAAACUGACAAAUUAUUAACACAAACUGUUCACACAGAGACAGAUACUAAAAAGUUGUUGAUCGAACCACAUUUUGGUAUUGGAAUUCCUCCAAAGAUGCAUGAUGCCAAGAACAUUCAGACUUCAUUUGUGAAACCAAGUAUGAACAAGUCUUGCUCAGCAAGUACAUCUAACACAUCCCAAUACACAGAGGAGACUCAAACAGAGUUAUCAAGUAGCUAUAUCUAUGUGACAGAGACUGAAGAAGAGGGCAACAACGUUCAACCUCCACAACCACAACUACCCAAGACCAAACUAUUUGCAUCUGUGACAGAAAAUGAAAUUGAAAGAAUGCUCAAACUUCAACUCUUAAAGCGCUCGCUUGGUGUCAAGAAGCAGACUUAUCCUUCUGUGAGGAAGCCAUAUGGCAGCUCUGAUGAUAGUGAUACAAGCUUCCUUUCUUCUGAAGACUCAUUUAUUGAAUCAAGCAGAGAAGAGCGAUCAAUAUCAACUUUUUACACCUCAGAAUCGAGCAGAGGAUUGGAAGAAGAUUUUUCUCAAAGUGCUUUUGAAGAUGUCAAUGAUGAGCACUAUUACACUUCCUCGACCACACUUUCUCAAGAUUCAAGAACACUCACUCAAAACAAGAACAACAACAACCUUAUUUCUGAUUACUCAACAGGAUACAUUUCUUCUACAUUAACAACCUCCGACGACUUGAUCGACCAUUCUUGGUAUUAA